GCUUUAAAUUUACUAUCCGGGGCUUCCCGUUAGUUAUUCGUUGCUAUGGCAACGGGCGAAGGUUAUAAACUACAGAAUGCGGGAAGCAAGUAAGCAAGUGAAAGAGUCUGGUUUGUGAAAGUUAUGGACCUAUGUAGUUUAUCUCCGGAAGGUAAUGUUGACCAGGCAGAUGAGUUUCAAGCAGUACGCUUAUACGACGCCGAAGAUGAACAGCAGUGGAGUCCUUCCAUUUCAGCAAGGUUGAAAGUUAGCUUAUUUGGAACAGAUGAAGCAACACAGACAAAUGUCACUGAAAUAGUUGAUUUGAAGGCACUAACAGAGGUGACUCAAACCUUGAUGAAGGAGAUUAAUUUUCUGAAGAAAGACUUUGAAUUGUCUAAGCAUGCUUUGAAAGCAGACUAUGAACAGGAAUUACAGCAGAGGGCUUCAGAACUAUACACACGAAUGAAUGAUAGACUUAAAGACCUUGAACAACUUCAUCAGGAGAAGAUAAUGAUAAUACGAAGAAGUUGUAUGCAGCAGCUUGCAGAUGGUCUUGCGGUCAUCAAAGUAGCAUAUCAGAACUACUAUAUUAGUAAAGAUAAAAGUUAUGUUAGCAAAGGUGAUGAAGACAAAGAGGAGUCCACAAAUGAAAACCUUUCCUUCACUAACGAGUAUCAUGAUCUAUUUAACAAGCUGCAAGAAAAGGAAGCUGAAAUUUCAGUUUUAAAGGCCCAGCUGAAGGAGUACGAAAAUUCAACACCAACUUUUCCUGAGCAACAAGAGGAUCCAGAGAAGCAGAGGCUUGAAGAGGAAAAUGACGUUUUAAAGCAGGAAGUUAACAGACUGAAGAAAAGGAUUGAUUCUAUUACAGAUGUGUUGGUGUCGAAAGAAAAGGAAAUUAAAGAGUUAAUCACAGAGCAGCGCCAAAUAAAAAGUGAAUAUGAAAAAAAUAAAACAAGAAUGGAAGAAAAGUUUCUGCAACAGAAGCUAUUAAUGGAAAGAGAUACGGAGGGCAAAAUGGAUGCCAUGAAACAGGAGAUGCAGCUGAGGCAUGAGAGAGACAUAAAGAAAAUAGAAGAACUGGAACAAGACAAGUUCAAAUUGCUUGAGAAUCAGAGAAAACCUUCCCCGCUGCCUGUUGUGAAGGAAUUACCUCCACCUGUCAUAAAAGAUGAAUCACGAGAUGAGUUGAAUAAAAUGAAGAAAAGAGAAAAAGAGCAACAGAAGCAUAUAGAAAGUAUGAAAAAGGAACUUGACUGGACAACCAGAAUGUGGGAGAAAAAAUUUGCUAUAUUGAGGCAAAGUCUCCAUGCCAUAAAAGAUGAAAUGUUUCUCAGACAGACAUUACAGCGCCAAGCAGCAGUGCUUCAUCAAACAUCAAUUAGCUAUGCUGUUGAUGCUCCUGUUGGUACUGUACCUGGAGCUGUUCAAAGGGAUGCUGCUCCCAUUCUGGGGUACUCUUUAUCAGGCUUGCCACUGCCUCGUAUAGGAUCCUUAUCAGUUCCACAAAUGGAGACAAAAGAAAUUUACCCUGUACGUAUUCCAAGUGGGCAAGGAACGGACAACUUCUCAGGAAGUGAAUCCCAAAUUGUAUCAGACGAUGAAGACCUUGAUGAAGUUCUUCCUCUUCCAUCAUCUCUGCCCAUCGAAAUACCAGUACCUUACAAUUCAGUUUCUGAACUCAUAGGUUCUCAAAAUUAGUCUGAGUAUGAAUGCUUGAAUUGAUCUCUGAAUCCUAGCAAAACAGUAAUGCUGUUAAUCCUAAAUGUCUUACAUUACUACUUAUGCGCCUUUACUUUCUUGUGAAAUUGGAGUAUUACUUUUGAAAUUUGAAAUUACUACAUAUGAACCGCUAUGUAUAUUAUUCAAAACAUAUAUAUAUAUAUUUAUAUAUAUAUAUAUAUAUAUAUAUAUAUAUAUAUUCAAAACACACACACACACACACAUAUAUAUACACACACAUCCUUUACAAGAAAUGGUUCACCUUUUUUUACAAAAAUAUCUUUCUUAUCAAAUUAAAAAAAUAUGAAUAUAGUUUCUCAGUUUCUGUUCUAAAAGCAGUUUCUUUCAUUUACAUAACUGUAGUAUCUAGAGAAAGGUUUCUUCAUUCUGUUGUAAGUCUAAAGUAUGUCAUACACUUCUUUUUCAUUUGUACUAGUAAUCUGUUGUUGAUUGUGAUGUAAAGGAUAUUAUUUCAGCCUAAUGCCACCACAAUAGCAGUGCAAUUUAUGGAAUAUUCUCAGAGCUGAUUUUCUUCUUUUGUUAAUAUGAACUCCAUGCUGUUUUUUUUUUUCUUUUUUCAUUGUGAAACUAUAGAAAUUGUACCAUGGGACUUAAAGUACUUGUGCAUAGUCAAGAAUUUCCUUUCCAUUUACUAGUUGUAUUUCUAGCCCCUGUUUGCCAAGCUGGAAUUCCAUCAUGUCUGGGUGUCAGCAUCCUGUAAUUUUAAUGACACAUCUUGUAAAUCUUUCUUCAUUUCUUUCUUCCCUGCCUAUGAUAGUGCUUAGUUACCUUUUGGUGCUCCUUUUUUGUUGGAGACACUGCAGCUUGUGGCUGAAUCCGAAGCAUUGUACUUGUAAGUGUGAGGUAUCUUCCCAGUUUUCAUAUAAUUUCACAUUGGUGGCUGUGAUUGAUGACUGUUAGCUUCAGCACUUCUAUGGAGCAGAUGUUUUGGUUGUUCCUACAUCCCAGAUGAAUGGUGUUUAACUAAUAACUCAAGCACUGGAGGAGUAGGCUGGGUAGGGAGUAACUGAUGCUGUUUCACAUAUUUUUGGGGGUGGGUGUUGGGUGAGCUGCACUACAGGACCAUAAUUUGGGGGAGGUGGAUCAGUAAGUACAGUCACCAAGGAGUGUACAGUGCUGCAGCUGAGGAUCAUGGAUGUGUGGAAGCAUGUGGCUACACUGGCACAGCAUAGUGGACAUUGUGGCAGGCUUUUCAUCCAACAAAGAGAAAAAAAAUCCUAACUCCUGCUGGGUGAUGGCCAUGAUCACUGGCUAUUACCUCCCUCUCCGGGUCUCCAUGAAAACUGUGGGUCAAGAGGAGGAGGAAUAGGCCAUUAGGGGAUGGUGGCUUGAUCAUCACUAGGGAGAGGUAGAUCAGAGAACAACAAAUUUAUUUUAAAAUAAUUUUCUAGCCAUUUAUUCCAAGUUAAUGGAAAUUACUUAUUCACUUUAUAGUGCUGCUGAUUAUUGGAAUUACUUUGUUACAUGUGGUAGUGAUUUUUGAGUGGCCCAGAGUCAUAACACCUCAGAAAAAGAGCAAGAUAGUUGUUAGAUUGCCUUUCAGUAAUCAGAUUUUCUCCAAAGUACAAUGAUCUCAGUGCAAAAAUAAAGGGAUGUGGCAGUGAAGUUCCCCAUAUGGAGGUUCGAUGGAGACUUGCCCCACCAUAGAAAUACUUUUUGUUUACACUCACUGACUUGCAGAAUAAUAAAUAUCAGUAUAUGUGAUAUUCA